UUUUAAACAUUCUUGCGGGUGGUACAUAGGUGGUAACUGCACACGCGAUUUGUUUUCUGCAUGACUCACCGUGGAACCGGUGGUUGUGGUGCUAUCAAAUCUAGACCGGGAUAGACGGCGUAUCGGACGGCAGGAUGGGGCGACCGUUUAACACUUCCAUCGAGAACGGUGGAGUGCAGGCCGCUGCUGCGAUGCCGCAACCGUCGGCGCCCCUGCUGGCGCAAGUGCACCAGGACGGGGACGAUUUCAGCAAUCCGGAUAUGUAUGUGGAUUUUCUAAUUCUGGGAAACAAAGAAAACUACAGCGUACGGGCGGAAAAGAAACCGAUUCUGGAUUCCAACACACAGCUGGCGCACAUGGUCACCGGAGCCACGUCGUCGACCGUUGUCGACGGAAAGUUUGUGGUGCGCGACGUGGAUAAGGACAAUUUCGAGAUCUUUGUCAGAUAUCUUGAGACCAAAUUCAUAAAGUUCCAAUCUGCCACCCAUACGUUGCAGAUCUUGGAGCUGGCAUCGCGUUUUCAGUGCCGUCAGCUAGAAAUCCAUUGCGUUAAAGAGCUCGAUUCGAGCUUAUCUAUGGCACAUGUUCUGGAAGUAUUUCGCGCGCUUUGGUAUUACAACUCGGUAUCGGUGUCAGCGACCCUGUCUGCAAUUCAUAAGAAGAAGAAAAGUCGUGGCAAGAAAAAAGACCAACCGGAAGCCCCACUUACACCGGAAGAAUACUUUGCUGCCUUGCUCAAUAAUUGCCUUCAGUUGAUCGAUAUGCAUACGGAAGAAGUGUUUAUCAAAGAGACCAUGCAGGCGCUGAGAUUCGAAGAACUGGAAAUGAUAGUGAAACGUGACGCACUACAAAUGUCGUCGGAAAUUGUUUUGCUAGACCUUUUGGCCCGGUGGAGCCGUGAAGAAUGCCUCCGUAAGAAUCUCGAACUGUCGGCGGAAAACCGACGGCGCGUCCUGGGAGCACUUUGCUACACACCGCGCUAUCUCACUAUGACGCGGAAGGAAUUUGAAAAUGCCAAAGAUCGUAUCGAACUGCUGGAUCCGGUUGAAUCCAAACUAGUCGAAGAUGUUCUGAACGGAAAGCGGUUGAGUUCACUGACACCGGAGCAGCAAUCAAUGGUCGCUAAUUUUAAAAAGCCGCGACCUGCCUUUGCUCCGAUGCCCAUCCAUCUGAGCGCACGGAGCAAUCCGAAAAACUAUCCGAAAAAGAUGCGCAAAGCAGCCGAAGAGAUCCAAACGGACAACCGUAGCUGCUGUGACCGGGUGGUCAUCACGUUUGUGUCGAUAUUCGCGUGUAUUUUCGACUAGCCCCUGUUCGUUUGAGCGGGAUUGUCGGACAAACUAAGAUCGCUCAAACUGGCACGGAAUCUCAACGGAACGGCACAAGGUUCGGAGUUUUUAUUCGCAGAUUUGUUGGGUUUUAUCAUACAAGUACAGGAAAGAGCAAAGCAACAAAUCGAUUUUAAAGUGUUCAAGUUUUUUUUUACAUUUUGAUUUAUCAUUAUUCUCGUAAGAUAACUUGUUUAUGUUAUGUUUUUAAUUUCAACUAAGUAUAUUUAUAUUGUUACAUUUAACACAGUUUUCAUAACUGUAGCCAUCUUUUUAGCACCAGGCAAAAUCAGUUUCAGAGUUUCUGACAAGAAAGAUAAAGUCUGAGGAAAACUUAAUACGCAGCAUAUUUGUUUAAUAUUAGAAAUAAUUUGACGCAAUACUCUUCCGUGCGUUUACAUUAUUUCGUGUUGGAUACAACGGUAAACGAACCCUUCUGCUAUAUUAUAGAAGGUAUUUAUAUGUUAUAAGAAUAAGCAUUUCUCUAGUCUAAAUUGUUUCAAUCACUGCAAAGCCAGUAUGCUGCACAGCUUCCGCCCCGCAUGUGCUUCUAAGACAAUGCAAAAAGUAUUUUAUUAGUGAAAUUCUGGAUGGUAAAAAAAGGAAUAAAAACCGUUACUAGCAUACAUUGUUUAUUUAGAAAAAGUUGAGUAUAACUAUAUUGAACCCAAAAAACUGUAGCAGAGUUUAUUAUUAAUGGCAUAGACAUUUUAACCCCACAUAAUUGAAAUACUGAUACUCUAUUUGUUUGCUUUUUAAAAGCCAUUGCCACUGUUCACAGAAUAGCUAAAAAUUAGCCUAACCUAUAGAAAGCACUGUUUUAACCAUAGAUGCGUUAUUUAGAAUCAUUUUAAGAAUAUUAUAAACCGAAAUAAGACAAUUUUAAUCUGCAAACAUCAGCAUAUGCGUAAUCCAUCGCGUACAAAAUAAGUUCAUGUUGCCAUAUUACCCACUAAAUAUUCGAUACGUAUAUCAUAACGAUAAGCUAAAAACGUUUUAUGUCAACCUUUUUAUAAAUUGAUGUGAUGUUAGCGUUUAGUUGGUUUAGAAUAAGUCGACAUGGCGUAACUAUAGGUUUAGCCAAAGGCUGAUUAGUUUGCUUCUAUUGGGAUACCAACGACGUAACUAGGAAUGAGUUUAUUUCUCUAGUUUUUUGAAAGCUCCAUAUCCCGUUUUAAAAGUUGAACUGAUCUGGUCGAAUUGCUUACCCAAUUCAGUUAACGUUCGGCGUAUACCUAGAUGAGGCGAUAUACAAAAUUUCAAGAAACAAAAUUGUAUUUCUCUGCGAGAGCAUGCAUAAAUAAAUUUGUG